AUGGUGGCAAUUCUAUGGAUCAGUUUGCUAUGUGCUGAAAGUUUUCAUAUGAAUAAGUGUGUGGAGAUAGAGAGAUUGGCCCUCCUCAAAUUUAAAGAUGCUUACAUUCAUGGAAUGGACAACCCAUUUGCCUCAUGGAAAGGUGAAGAUUGUUGCAAAUGGAAAGGAAUUUUAUGUGAUAAUAUAACUGGUCAUAUAAUCAGUUUGAAAAUAGAACAUGCUCCAGGAUUGGGAGGUAAGUUAGUUUCUUCAAUAUGUGAACUUCAACAUCUAACUUCUUUAAGUCUAGAUGAUAAUCAAUUAGAAGGAAAUAUUCCAGAGUGCAUUGGUUCACUUGCUCAGUUGAUAGAGGUUAAUCUUGCUAGUAACAAACUAGUUAGGAUUCCUCCUAGUCUUGGGAAUCUUUCCAAUUUGCAAACUCUUGACCUUGCAUAUAAUUAUGAUAUGAUUGUUGAUUGGUUGUCAUCAAUAAGCAGAAUUCCUUCUCUAUCUGAACUUAUUUCAGUAGGUUGUGGGCUCCAUAAUAUAACUCCUUCAUCUCUUCCCCAUUUGAAUUCUUCCAUUUCUCUAAAAUCCCUGGAUCUUGGGGAAAAUAAUUUAAACUCUUCUAUUCUGCCAUGGGUUAUUAAUGUUAGCAAAGUUCUUGAAACUCUUGUCCUUUCAUAUAAUUCUUUGCAACAAAGUAUUCCAUAUGAGUUUGGAAACAUGUUUUUUCUUCAAUAUCUUGAUCUCUCACAUAAUGAACUCCAAGGAAGUUUACCAAAAUCCUAUAAGAGUAUGUAUCAAUUGAAAGAGUUGCACUUAAAUUCCAACAAAUUGUCUGGCCAACUCAGUGACAGCAUACAACAAUUGUGUUGUGCAAAUAAUAGUUUAGAGUAUUUGGAUUUAAGUGAUAACCCAUUCACAAGUGACCCACUUCCUAAUCUUUCAUGCGUUUCAUCCUUGGUGACAUUAUCCCUACAAAAUACCAAUCUCGUCGGUCUAUUACCAAAAUGGUUGUUUGUUCAUUCGCCUUUUCUUCAAAAUUUAUAUCUUUCUCAUAACCAUUUGAGGGGUGUGGAUAUCAUUGAUGAUGCAAAUCUAUCGGCCAUAAGGAAGCUACAUCUGAGUUUUAACCAAUUGAGUGGACCAUUUCCUCAUAUAAUCAGUCAACUACCUAAUCUUGAGGAAUUGUCUAUCUCUUCAAAUAAGUUUAACGAUAUCAUUGAUAAAACACAUCUAUCAAAUUUAUCUAAGUUGAAAUUUUUGGACGUGUCUCAGAACUCACUUUCAUUUAACUUGAGUUCGGAUUGGAUACCACCUUUCAAGCUUACAAAUCUCUAUGCAUCUUCAUGCCAAUUGGGUCUUGAAUUUCCAGUAUGGCUCAAACAUCAAACAGAACUUACUGAGUUUGACAUCUCUAAUACUGGUAUUUCAGAUUCAUUUCCUAAAUGGUUUUGGAAUUUGUCUUUGACAUUGGAAUACUUGAAUGUUUCACAUAACAAACUUAAUGGACCCAUGCCAAAAUCAUUUCCAAAUACAAAAGUAAACUAUGAUAGUUUUUAUGUGUGGGAUUUCAGUUUCAACCAUUUGAAUGGUUCAUUGCCUCCUUUUCCAGAACUGCGUUCCUUAUUUCUCUCAAAUAAUAUGCUUAUAGGGUCUCUAUCUUCUUUUUGUACUUCCUCGGGUCAAUAUUUAAUUUAUUUAGACUUGUCUAGUAAUUUGCUAACAGGAAAACUUACAGAUUGUUAUUGGGAGAAGUUUCCGUCUUUAACAUUUCUAAAUUUGGCAAAGAAUAAUUUAUCAGGAAAAGUGCCUACCUCAUUUGGUGUCUUACGACAUAUUGAAUCGCUCCAUUUAAAUAAUAACAACUUAUCUGGUGAAAUUCCAUCAUUGAUCCUUUGUCACAACUUGAAAUUAAUUGAUGUUGGUGAUAACAAUCUUCAAGGAACAUUACCGAUGUGGAUGGGCGAUCAUCUUCCUAUGUUGAUUGUGAUAAUUUUGCGGGCAAAUAAGUUCCACGGAAACAUUCCUACAAAUAUUUUCCAAGAACAAGCUUUCACUAUUUAUCAUCAUUAA